UCCGCUGCUCAGUAUGCAUUGAGAAAGCCAGAAGUACUGUAUAAUCGUUGCGUUUAUUUCUAUUUAUUUCGCACGAAAGACGAGAGAGCGUCUAUUAAAUCAUCAACAAGUAUUCCGUUCCGCCAAUCAAGAUCGGCGUUUUAACCUCCUUUAUAGGGUAGUUUAGUCUCCACGGCGCACGCGCAACGUCGACGACAAUUUUCUCGAAUCUUACGUUUCCAAAGUUAUGAAAUUCGUCGCCAAGAAGUCGCUCACACUCGCUGAAGAUACAAAUCGAGUUUUAACCAGCAUUCGGUAAGAAAGUACUUCGUAAGAAAGUGACGAGUUAAAAUUCAAAAUUUUCGGUGUUGAUUGUUGUACAUACCACGUGAAGUAGCUUGCCCAGUACUAUAUAUCGUGUGAAAGAAGCGUUCGUACGCGAUAGAAGCAUCUACAUAUACGCUAAUAGUCGCUUCAAGAGCUUCAAGAAGACAAUAAAGAAAGAGAGAGAGAGAGAGAGAGAGAGAGAGAGAGAGAGAGAGAGAGAGAGAGAAAAGAAACUCCUCGAGUGUAUAGAAAAUUAAUUUGUUAAAACUGAACCACGCCUGAAGUUGUAACUGGCAAACUCUGGCAAGCGUCGGUUGAGGUUAGGUCGUCUCUAAAUGAUCAUCGCGCGAUCCGAAGUGCGUCGUGUCCCGUCCGUGCGUAGCGAGUGACGAUUUUAUUUGUAUACACGGUGCGUGCGUGUUCCGGAGGAGUGCCAGCUCGAAGAAAAGGAAUAAUGUCAAGCAGUGUUUGCCACGCGCCCCUGCCAGCACGAAUGGAAGCAUUCACCACGAGACUUUGUCUACGUGCUGCUGACCAAUAUGAGCGGCUACUGCAAGCUCACUUCAACAAGAUGUUUUUGGUUACAGCCUUCGAGCAAGGAACAAACCCGGUUGAAUCAUAAUUCGAGCCACAAGGAGCACCGAAGGCAGAAGGAUGCUUCGUCGAGCAGCACCUAUAGUGCCUUCCGGCAAUGGCGUAGGGGCACGUCUAUGGGCUCAAAUCGGUCGAACAGUGUCGGAUCGAGCUCGACCGGGGCCCUCACCAAAUUGCCUAAUGAUUCAGCGACCAUGCAAAAAAUGGAACAAUUCCCACUGGUUCUUUCCGACACCACUAUGCCCGAAGAGGAUCUUUCGCUGAAAUAUCUAGCACUGAACGCUUUGGAUUUGACAGCCCCAGCCAGCGACGUUUUAUUGAAGAAUAGAUUAAAAUCUUGGUUCCAAUUGUCCGGGCAUCCGGAUGGUUUUGCUCCUGCUGGGCCUGGAACAGUUUGGAAGAGAAAAACUGGUGGUGCGGAGAAUACGGAGAGAAUCGUUUACGAAGCCCUGAGCAAAGACAACGAACUGCGGGAUUGCAUCCCGAGAUAUUAUCGCGAGGUGGAGUACAAAGGCGACACGUUCAUCGAACUGCAGGAUUUACUGUUCGGUUUUAACGAUCCGCACGUCAUGGACAUCAAAAUGGGCACGAGAACGUUCCUCGAGUCGGAGGUGUCGAAGACAACCGCUCGGUCAGAUCUGUAUCAAAAGAUGAUCGCUGUUGACCCGGACGCUCCGACCGAGCAGGAGCACGAGCAACGUGCCGUGACUAAAUUGCGUUACAUGCAGUUCCGUGAGCAACAGAGCUCCACCUGUAGUCACGGAUUUCGAAUCGAGGCUAUGAAGUUACCGGGCGGCCCGCCGAUCACCGAUCUGAAGAAAGUGAAGUCGCAUCAGGAAGUGCUCGACACCAUGAAACUGUUCCUGGGAACGCGCGAGACCACUCGCGAGAAGCUGCUUGCACGCCUGAAAAAUCUUCGCUCGAAGAUCGAGAUGUCCGAGUACUUUCAAACUCACGAAAUAAUUGGCAGUAGUAUUUUCAUGAUCUACGACAAUGAUAAAGUUGGCGUUUGGUUAAUCGACUUCGCCAAAACACGGGGGUUGCCAAACGGGCACCGAGUAACACACAGGAAACCAUGGGAGCAAGGCAACCGCGAGGAAGGUUUUCUGUUUGGUCUCGAUAAUCUUAUUUCUACGAUAGAAGAAGUAAAUCUAUCAAAUUCGUAGUUUCCGUAUAACAGUCAUUUCAUUUAUGAAAUCAACUUACACAAAUAUUGGUCUCGUCCUAACAAUAUUUGUAUGAAUCGAUAAACUACACAAAGAAUGUUCGAUUUUAUCAUUAGGAAAAUUUUGUCACGUUGCAGAUGUUUUUUUUUUUUUAAUACGAUUUACAUACUCGGAAAUUUCAAUAUCGAUACUAUUGUAUAUAGUUAAUUAUCAUUGGGUCUUGUCAAGAACUAGAACAGACGAGACUGCCUGUAAAAUACAAAUUGUUUGAAUACUUUGAAACAAACGAUGAUACAAGGUGUAAGAUGUUUGAAGCGGAAGACUGCUUGUUAUUGCAUUUUUUCUAUGAAAUAUUUUUAGUUAAGAGGAGAAAUUUUAUAAGCGACAUUUUACAACAUAUUUAGUGAGCGUACAAAAUUUACAUUGAUGUACAAAUAUAGUGUUAAUUAAGUGUAAUCGUUUAAUAAUUAUUUAUAAAGGAAAACUUAGACUAGUUAGAUUUAUGUUUUGAAUAAAAUACUCGCUAUGACGAACAAUUUUGAAUAAAAACAUCUUAUAUUGAAUUGUUUUGUCGUCUAACUGCCAAGGAACAUUUAUAAUAAAGCAUUCGUCUAAAAUGUAUAAAUUACACAAAAUAUAUUUUUAUUGUAUGUAUCAAUGUAAUUCCCGCUAACAUUCGUUUUUCUGCUGAUUAAUACUGAUUGUUACAUAUUAGGUGAUAAAUAAUAAUAUAAAACAAUAUUUAACGAUAUAUACAAACAUUUCGAAAAAUAAAAGAUCUUAAUCAAAUUUGUAUAACUCAAUUUCUACUGAUAUUAUGUUUUACAUCUAUACGAUUUUAGUAGAAAAUAAAGCAUAAAUAAAUAUA